AUCGUUGUAUUCAGUUCACUCCAGUAGUUCACUCUACUCUAGGUCGUAGCAGCCUGUGUUCCCUCGAGUACGCGACAGCAUGUUCCUCGGUUUCGGGAUCGUACUGUCGGCAAAAACAGAAACUACAGAAGGAAACUCAAUCUACGACCUCCUUAUGUCGGUUGGCCUUUUGGAUAUACUUCUCUCGAACUGCGCUCGAUAAAAGUUGCACUUCGCAACUGCACUUCGCAAGGAAAGAGCUCGUGUCGUUGAAAGUGCUUGACUCGUGUCAAAGAUUGACGUCUCAUGAUGAAGAUACAUCGAACGAUGCGCACGUUGCUCUUUAUAAUGAACAUCAUGUAUUACAUAUCAUACUGGAUAUUGUCAUUCAUCUAUCGGAAGAAGCCGUUAAAAAUAUCCCAGCCGGAUCCCCUGUUCACAAUAAGCGCCACCAAGCUCGCUAAGAUGAUUCGACAGCGAGAGAUCGAGAGCUACCAAGUGGUGUACGCAUAUACAGAGCGAAUAAAAGAAGUGAAUCGUGUCUUAAACGCCGUGGUGGACAAUCGAUAUGGACCGGCUAUAAUAGAGGCAAAAAUUUGCGACGAGCAGUUGGCGGGCAAAUUCGAUGCCGAAACGUUGGAAAAGGAAAAGCCGCUCUACGGAGUGCCAAUCACCAUCAAAGAAUGCUACGCUGUCAAAGGUGCUAGUUACACCGGUUGCUCCCUAACACGGAAAGGGGUAAAAGCGACCGCGGACAGUGCCGUCGUCGAGCUGCUUCGAAAUGCCGGCGCGAUCCCGCUGUGUGUUACGAACACCCCAGAAAUGUGCAGUAAUUUAGACACCUCGAAUCGACUGUACGGUAACACUCUUAAUCCCUACGAUACCAGGUAUUCACCCGGUGGAUCGUCCGGCGGAGAGGCUGCAUUACUCGCAACAGGUGCUUCCUUAAUCGGGAUUGGCUCUGAUUUGCUCGGUUCUAUAAGGCUACCGGCGCAUUUUUGCGGCGUUUUCGGAUACAGACCAACGUCUAAAAUGAUUUCUAUCGAGGGAUGCUUUCCUUAUUGCGAGGAUAAAUUAUUCCAAAGUUGUUUUAGCGUGGGCCCGUUGGCUAGAUACGCGGAGGAUAUCGAACUGCUUAUAAAAGUAAUGACGUCAAAGUGCAAUCACGAUUUGCGCCUAACUGUACCGGUCGAUCUAAAGCAAUUAAAGGUUUACUAUCUGCCAAAGAUAGACAACUCGUACGGCAUUCGGCCGACAUUACCGGAAAUCGAGCAAUGCGUUUUGAAAGCGGCGAAUCACUUCAACGAGCGCGGUAUUCACACAAAAAAGUUACCAAUCAAUUUGCAACCUACGAUAAUUGAAAUGGUGAUGACUUCGUUGCUAACUAUAAAGGAUCUUCCACCCUUAGUGUUAUCCAACGAUCCCAAGGUUCAGAAGAAUUCAAUAAUGGAAGCAAUAAAAGCCUUGUUUGGCCUAUCGCAACACACGAGCGCUACGAUCUUUUUCUCCUUCCUUCUCCAGACACAUUUUCCUUUUACAAAGUCAGAUAUAUCGUAUUACACGCAGCAAAGAGAACAGAUUCGACAAAAAUUACUGGAUCUCUUGGGAGAGAAUGAUGUGCUCAUAUGUCCGACCUAUCGGAGCCCGGCAAUCUUUCAGAAACUUAUGUGUUUUGAAUUUGUAAAUGCUAUGUAUACCAGCGUCUUUAGUGUUCUCGGUUUCCCUGCGUUACACGUGCCGAUGGGACUUAAUCACGAGGGAUUGCCGAUAGGUGUUCAGGUGGUAGUCGCGCCUUAUCAGGAUCGUCUUUGCCUGGCGGUUGCGAAAGAACUGGAGAGGGCCUUCGGUGGUUGGACACCACCUUUCUGUCAACAAUAAAAAGUAACCGCGACUAAUUGCUGCUUUAGAAUUUAAAGUUGUUAGCAAAAUAGCGAAUGAAGUCUCGAUCUGUAAGAAAUACAGUGUGAAGAACAAUAGUCUGACGCGUACAAAUGAGUUGAUAGAAUAGAAUCUAUAAUUUGUAUACAGAGAGGAUAUUUAUCUAACCGGAUUGUUAAAAUUGUAUGGAUUUUUAAAACAUUACGUUUUAUCAAACACAAAAUAUUUGUCACUGUUGUCCUGUCAACAACUUAAAUUUUCAGUAGUUUCACCCGGACGAUGAAGCUAUCGCGCUACUAAGCACAAAGUAUAAACUAAGAGAUGUGCAGAGUAGUGGUCUUUACUAGUCUCCAGUCUGUAGUAUGUACAGAGUAACAGUUUUCUGCAUGCCUGUACAUCAGAACCAUUUAGAUCUUUAGACAAAUUUGAAGGGAGUUAUGUUUCUUCAAACAUUAUCACUUUGUUUGAUCCAGCUUCCAGAUUGGUGCCGCGUUUUUUGUAGGUUUGUUUCAGACAUUUCGUAAACAUCUUCAGCGAGAAGAGCAACCUGAAGCCUCAAGUAUCAUACAUCACUUCGUUUAUUUUCCAAAAUGCUUUUCUGUUGCGGCGUACAUUGUUUCUUCGCGUCUUUUUUUCUACGAACUUUACUAGUUACUCGGGCCGAUCUAUCGCAAUGCAUCAGCCGAGAUCUAAAUGUUAUCACUGCUAAAUGCGUAAACGAAUCAUAUAAAUGACGAAAUUAUCUCUAUGUAACUCAGAAGUGCAUGCUAACGAUGCUCAAGCUUAAUACAAAGAACCUCGGCUAUAUCUGUCAUAUUCGAUUUACGGCUACAAAUCUAUAAAUGUUUAAAGACGCUAGUAUCUCUAACGAAUUAAAUAAAUCGGAGGAGUUAAUACAAAUCGCAUGAUCUUAGGCGCGUUCUCUCUUAUUACAGAUCCUCGACGUACGUUCCGUAUAACGUUUGUCAUUGCAAUUUCACCGAAAGUGUCUCGGAAUACGGAUCGACUCGUAAUCGUUGGUAAAAGCUAGAUUCCACGGAAUAGGAUCGUUUGUCAGAUAUUCGCUGAUUAUAUCAAUGGAAAGACUCUUGCAUUAAUAUAGCUACGACGUAAUAUAUAAAUUACAUACUUGUAAUCCGUGCCGAACAAUGCGUAAGGCACACUUCGCAAGGCACAGAAUCGCCGAUACGUUUUCUCGCAUCGAAUGUAAAUACUAUAAUAUACGUAAGCGCCAUCGUGAACUUCCCGCGUUGAUUUAUACGGCAACGACGCGAACAGACGAUUCUUCUACGGGAGAUCUUCACUUCUUGCGGUCGCACGGCGGUAAGUACGGCUUACCGCCGUACCUUUCCCACUCGCGAUUAAAUUCGUACUCCAAGAUCUCGGCGCCGCGUUUCCUCGUCAAUCCGGUCUCAUCCAGGCUCAAUUCGCACAUCUGCAUGUCGUCAAUACCUGGAAGGUAGGAAAAAAAAGGAACAAGUCAAUCAAAUUAUUUGAGCUCAGUAAUAAACUCCAAGGAAUACUGUAACCACGUAAAAUACCAUUCAAAGUUAUUUACAAAACACGAAAAAUGUUGCGGCGGCGUCUCUCAAGUUUUAAAUCCAUAUACUCUAAACUAAUUUAUACAUAAAAUAUGUAACUGUACAAAUCUUAAAACCAACUUAAAACUCGAAAAACGCCGUCGCGAGUUUUAAAUCAAAAGAUAUGUUUUUCAUAGCUGCAUUUUCUAAACUAUCUUGCAACCUUUUUAUGUUUCUCUUCCAUCAAGUGUCAAACAUAUAUAUUCUUCAUGUUUUUUUGAAAUACAGACAAUGCGGCUAAGUGUGGAUAUAAGAAAACAAUAAUUUAAAACGGUUAAAGCUCUUAAGAAAUACAAUCAAAAGAAUACUAAAAAAAGACAAAUAAGAGCCAACGCCGGAAAUUUGGUCAAAAAACAUCAAUGUAAUUGACUAAAGAUUAAUUAUAUAAUAAAUUUUACAUUCACAAACGUUUCGGUCCUUAAUUUGGACCCUCUUCAGUGUACGUAAUAUAGGUACAUUAAACUAAUAUAAAAAUUGAUUGCAUAAUAAAUUGUAAAAAUUAUAAAUAGAAAAUUGCAUAAUAAAUUGUAAAAAUUAUAAAUAGAAAAAGAACAACGGUCUAAUUAUAAUAACCCGGGAAAAAAAGUUCAGAUAAAAGCCAGAUAUGGAUAUUGUCAAGAUCUGAUCAGAUCUUUCAGAUAUAAUCAGAUAUAACGUUAUAUAUGAUUCAGAUCUGAUUAUUACGCUUCCUAUAUGCUUAGGUAUAGGGUACAGUCCAACGGGCGCUGCAAAUGCUUUGUAGCGUUUUUAUUUUUUUCUCUUUCUUCAUUCGAAUCCGAGGAAUAGAACAAGAGGGAGAAACGCAGAAUUUGUAGCGGUUGCUGGACUGUGCCUAUAAUCAGAUACAAGAAUAAUUGGAUCUAGCAAAUAAACAAUUUUAUAACAUUCUAUCAUGAAUUUAACAGGAAAUCGGCUAAUAGAGUAGAUAACAGAUAAUGAUAUUAUUCUGUUAUCUAAUAAAACUACUGAGAACUAAAGUUGACACGACAAUAGUGAUAAACAUUUUGUGUUUGAUAAAACGUAAUAUUUUACAAAUCCAUAUACAAUCUUGUUAAUAUAAAUAUAUCCUGUUAUAUAAAUGUCGUAUCUAUAUGCAAAUUCUAUGUAUGCAGAUUCUAUUCUAUCAGCUUAUUUGCACGCGUCAGACUAUCGUCAUUUGUUCUUCACACUGUAUUUCUUACAGAUCGAGACUUUAUUCGCUAUUUUGCUAACAACGCAAAUUCUAAAGCACUCGAUUACUUCUUCUCCGUACACUGAAGAGGGUCCAAAUUAAGGACCGAAACGUUUGUGAAUGUAAAGCUUAUUAUGUCAAUUUGUUAUAAUCAAUCCUUAGUCAAUUAUAUUGAUGUUUUUUGCCCAAACUUUCGACGUUCGCUCUUAUUUAGGAUUCUUUUUAUAAUAAAACAAAUUUUAGAUGUA